CUUGAUUAUGAUUGGCCCCUCAAAUAGGUAUAAAUAGCAUUCAAUUUUGGACACCAUAAACAUAGUACCUCUUUUCUUCCUCCUUAGUGAUUCUCUAGUAGACUCUGACAUAUUUCCUCUUUAUUUCCUCCAUUUUUUAAACGCCAUUGAAAGUGACAUCCAUCUGUGCACCCCUUUUUAGCACUUCUUUGACUGCCUAAAAAAUCACUCGUGACCCUUGCUCUUCUCUUGGUCUUUUCAAACUCUGUUUCGCAAGUGCUCCAUUUUAACUUGGUCUUAGUUUCUUUUGGAUUUCUAUAAUGGACGGUGGAGAGCUUGAACUCUCUAACCAAGAAAUGUUGUCAAGUUCUAGUUUUGGUGAAAUUCCAGAAUGUAGUUCGGUGAAGAAGCUUUUCAAUGAAAUUCUCACGGACAUGCAUGCUUGUAUUCAUACGCACACUUGCAAUCCACCUGGUCCUGAUAACUCACAUACACACACUUGUUACCAUGUUCACACCAAGGUUGUUCCUCCCCCGGCCCCAUGUGAGGAUGAUAAGUUCCUCAGUGACGAUACUACUGCAGAGUCCAACAGAGGAAAGAAACGCCCUUUGAGUAGUAAUAAGGAAGCAGUUCGCAAGUACCGUUUGAAAAAUAAGGCUCGGGUUGCAUCAUUAGAGGAUGAGGUAGUCAGGUUGAGGGCUAUAAAUCAGCAAAUGUUGAAGAGGCUGCAGGGUCAAGUUUUCUUGCAAGCUGAAAUUUCCAGGCUCAAGUGCUUGCUCGUGGACAUCCGAGGAAGAAUUGAAGGUGAAAUUGGAUCAUUUCCGUACCAGAAGCCAAUGGAAAGUGGGAAUUUUAAUCAGAAUCUUGUUAAUCCUAACCUCCAUGGAGCUUAUGUGAUGAACCCUUGCAACCUACAAUGUGAUGAUCAGGUUUAUAAUUGCCUCCAACUGGGUUCAGAAGAGUUAAAUGAUCAAGGCCUUAAUAGUUGUGGAUUUGGACUUAAGGAGGUUCCUGGAUGUGCAUUGGGGUAUGGUACUCCUACUGCCAGCGUUUCUCAUGGGAAUAACAGAACAGGAGGGAAAUCUGCAGCAAUGGCAAGUUGGUGAACUGGUGUAGGAGGUGUCUUUGGUCUUGAUAAUAACUUUAGUACAUUGUAUAGGUUUCUUCUCCUUCUUUGGGAAUUCUUUUCCAGUAUCUCUUCUUUGCUCACUUCAAUUUUACUAAAAUAU